AUGUCUGGACUCCUCGUCCUUGUGGCGAACUGCCUAAGGGGAAAUUGUCAACAAGUCUUGGAUUUCUUCUCCUCAAAGCUCUUGAACACCUACUGCGGACUGCUCUAUAUGGCGCUUACAAAUACUUUGUGCUUGUUGGUAUCGAGGGCGAUGCCUCGUACAGACAGAGCCAUCCUAGUAGCUACUAGCAUUGUCGCAGGUCAGAUCAUCACUUCCACGAUCAUACCCAGCCUGUCAACUGCCAGGGUAUUGUCCUCAGCACUGAAUUUCAACAUUUUCAACAUUCUUUGGGCAUGUAACAGAUAUGGAUCUUGGCAAACGGGAGCAACUAUUCUCACUGUCACAUUGUAUGUCGUCAUCGGCGCUUCGUCUCAGUUUGAUCUCGCUGUUCUAUCAGCAGCCUUCGCACUAGCGAGCUUCCUUUCAAGUAUCAAGCAAAAGCUGGUAGCAGGUCUCACCCCUCUGAACCUCGCGGCCUCCCGUGGUCACGCUCAAGUUGUCAAACUGCUUCUCGACUGCGGUGCCCGACCGUCACAGACAGUCAAGGAUACCAACAGUGCGAUUUAUCUUGCCGUCAAAUAUGUUCAUCAUCCGACCCUUAAUGUUCUUCUUCAGCAUUACAGUUCGCGUGAAAAUCGGCUUGACGAUGCGCCCUCGACCCUGCAACUGGCAGUCCUCUGUUCUAGGAUCGAUAUUGUUCAUCAACUGAUAGAGCGUGGUGCUGAUGUCAACGAGCUCUCGCCCCGAGGCUUUUGCGCUUUGCACACCUCAUCUUUCGCAGGAAACUAUGAAAUGACAACUUAUCUUCUUUCUCAUGGUGCCGACAUCAAUGUGAGCUCGCGAGAUGGAGUUUCGCCGCUGCUAGCAGCCGUCUGUGGGGGUCAUCAGUCGGUCGUCCUAGCUCUGCUAAAGCAUCAAGCAGAUGCCCAAAAGGCUACAAUUGAUGGUGUCACUCCGCUGCAUAUCGCAUGCUGGGUAACUAAUCGUCAAAUGAUGAAACUUCUGUUGGAUGCCGGGGCCUGUCUGACGAGCAAGGACAGACAGGGCCUCACACCGUCGGAUUACGCAGCCGAGAUCAUCGGACUGAACCAUUGGCCGACAGAGCCCAAGCCAAGCGUAUUCUGCCGUCCUCUGGACCCUAAAUCCAUUCUCCUUCGUUCUACACGAGACCUGGUAGAGGAAACACGAGAAACUUCCCUCAAUCUUAGGAGGUUCGAUCGGCUCGGCUUCUAUCUGCUUCGCAUUGCAGCACCAGAGAGGGCAAUGCGAGCUUAUCAAUGGGCUAAAGGGCCGAAUAGCUCCCUCCCGUGGUACUUCUGUCACGGGUGCGCUAACACAUCGUGGACGAACCGCGUGUGGAUAUGUGGGAGCUGUCCGGUCACGAUUGCACAGCCAGUCCUUUGCGACUUCUGUUUCUCGCAGGUUGACUCGCCGCCGAAGCUUCUGGGAUGCACUAUACGGCAUGAUUUUGUCCCCAUAGAUCAUGUUGAUAAUCGAAGUCCAAAAUCCGGCGAUUCUGAAGACGGGGAGUUGGAUGGCAACAUCAGUCAACAGGCGGCACAAAAUUCCUGGUUGAGUGAAGUGCUCUCCUCGCCGAUUCAACCCGAGAAAGAGGAUGAGGUAUUGCAGAACCUAUUGUCAAAAUAUUAA